CCUCAGCCGGCGGCGCCCAGAGAUGGACCGGCUCUGACAGGAUGUAGUGCUGCCGCGUGCCGGAUGGGAUCUGCUCAGCCAUGGCGUCCGAGCUCUGCAAGACCAUCUCUGUGGCGAGGCUGGAGAAGCACAAGAACCUGUUCUUAAACUACAGGAAUCUCGACCACUUCCCGAUGGAGCUGCUGAAAGGAGAAGGGCUCCAGUUCCUGGAGAGGCUCUACAUGAAAAGGAACUCGCUCACGACCUUGCCGGAGAACCUUGCUCAGAAGCUUCCAAACCUGGUGGAACUGUACCUUCAUUCAAAUAACAUAGUUGUGGUUCCAGAAGCCAUCGGAUCGCUCAUAAAACUCCAGUGUUUGGAUCUCAGUGACAAUGCCUUAGAAAUUGUUUGCCCAGAGAUUGGCCGCCUGAGAGCUUUGCGUCAUCUCCGGUUAGCUAACAACCAGCUGCAAUUCCUACCUCCAGAGGUUGGCGAUUUGAAGGAGCUGCAGACACUAGACAUUUCUGCCAAUCGUUUGCUAGCUUUACCCGAGAGGCUUCACCUGUGCCUUUCUCUGCAGUACCUCACCGUGGACCGGAACCGGCUGUGGUGUGUGCCGCGCCACCUCUGCCAGCUGCCCAGCCUCAAUGAGCUCUCCAUGGCCGGAAACCGGCUCGCAUUUCUGCCGCUUGAUCUAGGUCGAUCUCGAGAGCUGCAGUACGUGUACGUGGACAACAACACGCACCUGAAAGGCCUGCCGUCCUACCUGUACAACAAGGUCGUCGGGUGCAACGGCUGUGGGGCUCCCGUCCAAGUUUCCGAGGGGAAGCUGCUGUCCUUCUCAUCCGGGCCCCUCACCGUCUUCCUCCCCGCCGAGGUGAAGGCCAUAGGGACGGAGAAGGACCACAUCCUGCCGCUGCAGGAGCUGGCCAUGAGGCGCCUGCAUCACGUCUACCACAGUCUUCUCAAAGAUCUGAACUUCCUGUCUCCCGUCUCGUUACCCAGAAGUCUCCUGGAGCUGCUGCACUGCCCCCUGGGGCACUGCCACCGGUGUAGCGAGCCCAUGUUUACAAUCGUCUACCCCAAGCUCUUUCCCUUGAGAGAGACGCCGAUGGCGGGGCUGCACCAGGGGAGGACAACUGUGAGUUUUGUGGCUUACUGCUGCUCCACCCAGUGUCUGCAGACUUUUGACCUACUCCGCUGAUAAACACUCAGGAGCCUUGGGAGGCCUGCCAACCGGACGCUGCAGCUGCCUGCGGGUCACACGCCGUCUGCGGGCGGAGGGACAGGGGCGCCCCGCCAGGCCACACAGGCCCUCACGUCCCGUCCCGUCCCGUCCCGUCCAGUG